AUGUCAAGACCUUCAAUCCAUAGUCGAACGACAAGUAUAGCAUCUACCAACAUUAUUAAAACCCCAAGUCCGAUAAAUUUAGUUACAAUUGAUAUUAAUGAAUUAUAUAAACACGUCAUAAAAGUCAUAUUAUUAGAAUAUAGCAAUGAAGCAAGAUUUUGGACACCAAUUAUAGAACCCAAUGUCAUGCUGAAUAAACGAGCAUCUCGUAUGAGUAUAUUAUAUGAUCAGAAUUUACCUGAUUCUGCUAUGAAAAUGCUUAAUGAGAAAUUGAAAAGUGUAAUGACAAAUACCACAAUAGUUGAUGAAAAGACUAGAAGAUCAUUAUUAAGAUUAUAUGGAGAAUUACUUGACCCAUCAAAGGAGAAAGAUUUAAAGAAAGUUGACUAUUUAAUUCCAAAAUUUGCUGCCUGUGCCAAUCAAGAAUUAAAGAAAAUAUAUAAUUAUGCUGAUGAUGAAUUGAGUGAAAUUGUGUUUAGCCAAACAAGAAAAUUCAUUGAUAUGCUUAUUAAUAUAGUAAACUCAACUAAGGAGAAAGAUUCAGCUAUAAUCUCAAAACUUCAAGACACCAAGCAGUCGUUCACGUCUUCUAAACAACGAACACCAUCUACCCAAGAUCAAUUUGAUGGAAAUGUAAAAUAUCCAAAGAAAUCUUAUCGACUCACAGAUUUCAAUAAGAGUUCAAUAAAUCUAUUAAAAUCACUUUUCAACGUAGAUGAUAUUAAAUUGCAACAAGAUGUGUUUAAGUAUAAAGAUAUAUCACUUGCAAAGCCAUUGCAUAGAGACAUUAAAGAAUUUCUUCAAUCAGGCAGAAAUCUUGAUACAUUCACAUCUGCAGAAGCUAGAUCUCAGUGUAAGGAACGUCAAAAGGCCAUGGCUGAUCAAUUAAUGUCAAAAUAUAAAAUUCCUGCCGAUUCCACACUAUUAUCAAUCCCACCAGUACCGCAAGGUGAACAAUAUUAUGUUCUACCCAAACCAGAAGAAUCAAGAUCACUAUUUUUUAUGUUAGCUAAACUUAUAGUUGGAUUGGAGAAACAAAUUGAUUAUUCAGAUCCAGAUAAACCAUAUUUAGGAAAAGCAUCAUUGGAUUUAAUUAGUGUUUGUGCUAGACUUUGGCUUAUAGAUUUCCCCACAAGAGUCGUAGCAAUAUAUACUGCAGGUCAUGACAAUAAUGCAUUUAUGGAUUCACCACAAUCUGAUUCUAAGAAAAUAUCACCUAUAAACAUGAUUGCAACCCAAAAAGUAUUCUCAGUAUGUAAGAAGAUCAUAACUGAUGCAGGAAUGGAAUGGGAAGAUAAAGAUCUUUGGGCAAUUGAAGAUCAACAAGGUUGGGUUUCGAAUUUGGCACAAACUUAUAAUCAAAUAUUUGUUUCAAUUCGUGAAAAUCUACUGUUGAUUUUUAAUACUGAAUCAAAACCGAAAUUUGGGCCCUUGUUGAUGUUUCUUGGUGAUUAUAUUGAAUCAGAUUCUUUAUUCCCCAAAAUAGAGGAAUCGGGAAUAACAAAAAAAUGGGAGAAACGACUUACGAAAUUCUUAUUAAAAGUUGCAGGAACUAGAUAUGGAGAAUACCUUGCCAAUUUACCAAGAGAUAAUACAUUAAGCGUAAUUCAUGUAUUUAACAUCUGUGAUUCUUUAGUUGGUGAUAUUAAGACAUUACAAAAACGAUAUAAGAAUCCUUUAUUAGGAUUUUUGAAUGUUUCAAGAACUGUAGCAGCUAUAACUACUGGUAUGUUUGCUAGUGAUGCAAAAGUGAUAUUAACCCAUAUCAAGAACUACGCAGCAAAGAAAGGAGAAUUCAUUCCAUAUGGAGAUGCAUUAGAAAUAUAUCAAUCAUUAAGUGAAAUUAGAGAUAUUCAUAAUCAAGUAACUCCCGCAGGAUCAAAAUUCCAAUUUGACUUAGAAGAAUUCUUUUUCCCAUUUCUUGAAGCUUGGAUCGAAGAAAGUAAUGAAAAGAUUCGUGAUAUUGUAAAGCAUGCAUUAGAAAGUGAUGCAUUUGUACCCAUUGAUCUUGGAGAUGAUGCGAAGAAGAACUCAAAUGCCGUUCUUGAUAUAUUUGUCAUAAUCAAACAAUAUCUUACUACUUUGAAAAAACAGAAUUGGUGUGAGGAAUUUCAAUUGGCGAAAGUAUAUACUACUUUGCUUAAAAGUAUUUCAAAUGGAGCAUUAUUUUAUUCCGAGGAAGUUACAGCUAUUAUUGCCCAGGAUUUAGAACCUCCGAAAGAAUUAAAUGAAGAUAAGGAUUUAAAUAAAGCUUCAAAUUGGUUAAAUGAGGUGAAGAAUGUCGUAUCAAAUAUCCAAAAUUUUACUCGACAUGAACCGGAAAUUGUCUACAAUUUCCAACCACGUACAUGUAUUGCAUUAAAUAACUUAUCAGCUAUGAUGAACAACUUGACAAAAUUAGAAGAAUGGCUUGAUCCUGAAUCAAUAUCGAAUUCAUUAUCCACCUAUGAUCCAAAUUCAAAAAGCAGAUACCUAAGUCAUGUUUUCACAUUACGUAUAAUCCGUGGAGAAAACCUCCGAUCCUCAGAAACUAGUGUUGGUUCCAGAGUAAAUCCAUAUGUCAGUCUAGUUGAUUUCAAAGCCAAGAAACUAAUUGGCAAAACCAGAUCACUUACCGGAGCAACUGAUCCUGAUUGGGAUGAAGAAUUUGAAAUCACUCUUCCGCCAAACACAACCCUUGAAUUAUCUACUUUGGUAUGGGAUGAGAAAUUUGCCCAACAUCAAUUAUGUGGCAAAGCAUUUCUUGAAUUAAAUCCUCGAAAAUUUAAACAUGAUGGUAUGCCUCAAGAAAUAUAUCUUGAUCUUGAUCUUCAAGGGAGAUUAGCCAUUGAAGUUGCUGUGGAAUCCGAAACUCAUGAUGCGAUAUUUGUGAUGGGAAGAGCAUAUCGAGCACUUAAACGGUCCCAAGAAAGGGCAAUUAAAUUAAUUGUGGAGAAGUUUUCCGGAUUUAUAGAGGAUUGUUUUUCAAGAGCAAAUUUGAAAUCUGUUUGUGGGAAAGGACAACCUUCAAAAGAAGAAUUUGAAAGUGCAAUUGAAAAUUUAUGUGAUUAUUUAAAUAUGAAUUUAAGUGUUUUAAAACAUUAUUUAACCGAUGAAAUAUUUAUGAAAGUAAUGGUCGAAACUUGGAAAGUUGUUGUAUCUAGAGCUGAUGAAUUAUUACUUCCAAAACUUUCAAAAGCAAAGAUUAAUGCAGAUAUAGUAGGGAAAGGUUGGCAAUCAAUGUCUUCAAAAUUCGCCACUGUAUCACUUGGGAUCCUUGGUAAUGAUGCCCCCUUAACUAUUAAUGAAUUAGAAACCGUGCUAGGUUGGCUCAAUUUAUUAGCAAGUUUCUUUCAUAACGAAGGUAAUGGUCCUCCCAUGGAAGAAUUAAAAACAGAUAAAUAUCAAUCAUUGCUUUUUAUUCCUACAUUAUACGAUCAACCUGAUGAAUAUUUAAUAGAGGAAGUUGAACAUUUAUCUCCAGCAUAUGCGCAAAUGCUUUCCAAUAGGAACAAUUUCGAUGUUUCGGAACCAUCUUCUGUCAAGCAGGGAUCAAGAAAACGAUCAGUUCUCAGAACUGAGAGUAUAUUAAGAUCAAAGACGAUUCUUGCCAAUGCGACAUCCAAAGCCAGAGCUCAAGCUGCCGAAGAAGCAAAAGAAAAUAGAGCUGAUCCUACCACCAACAAGAUUUUGAAAGAAGAUAUAAUAUUAAGAUUGUUAAUUGCAAGAGGAAGAAAAGAUUUUGUAUCACAAAGACUUAAUCAGAGAGCAAAAUUGGCAUAUAGCAUGGCGACGGAAAGACUAGCUAGAGCUGCAGCCGAGAGACGAUUUACGUAG